GUGGGGCGCUGCCAGACGCGCUGGCGGGGCGGGGCGCUGUCUGCGGGCCUAGGAACCUUUCUCACCCCUGUCCCUGAUAAAGCAGCGUCCUGCUUGCUGGGCAGCUCGCGCGCCGGGGCCUAGCUUGAGAGGAGGAACAAGGUGCAGAAUGAGUACCUCACAGGACCAGAGUGGCUGCUCCACUAAUAGAGAACCCCUUUUGAGGUGUUGUGAUGCAUGGAGGGACUUGGAGCUUGCUAUCGGUGGAGUUCUCCGGGCUGAGCAGCAAAUUAAAGAUAACUUGCGAGAGGUCAAAGCCCAGAUUCACAGCUGCAUAAGUCGCCACCUGGAAUGCCUUUGAAGCCGUGAGGUAUGGCUGUAUGAACAGGUAGAUCUCAUCUAUCAGCUUAAAGAGGAGACACUUCAGCAGCAGGCCCAACAGCUCUACUGGUUACUGGGCCAGUUCAAUUGUCUUAUUCAUCAGCUGGAGUGCACCCAAAACAAAGACCGAGCCAAUCAAGUCUCAGCUUGCCUGGAGAGAUUGGGCAAUCUGACCCUCAAACCUGAAGAUUCAACUGCCCUACUCUUUGAAGCUGACAUAACUGCCCUGCACCAGGCAAUCACCACAUUUGGGUCUCUCAAGACCAUUCAAAUUCCUGAGCACCUGAUGGCUCAUGCUAGUUCAUCAAAUAUUGGGUCCUUCUUAGAGAAGAGAGGCUAUAUCCCAUUGCCAGAGCAGAAGUCAGCAUCCAGCACCACAGCUGUCCCUCUCAGUGAAUGGCUCCUUGGAAGUAAACCUGCCGUUGGUCACCAGGCUCCUUACCUACCCAGCACCAAUCUCCAGGACUGGCUCAACCAAAAGCAGACCUUGGAGAAUAGUCAGACGUCUGCUAGAGCCUACAGUUUCUUGAAUAAAGUCUGGGGCAACCUAAAGGGUUUGGAAAACUGUCUCCAAAACAGUCAGCAACAAGAAGUUUCUGAAAAACCAAGUUACCAAAAGUCUAACAGCUAUUCUACUACCAGUUCUUACUCCAUUGAAAUCGAAAAGGUUGGAGAUCUAGAGCCUCUUGAUCAAGAUGAGAUGGAUCUCUCUGGCUGGCUGGUAACUCCCCAGGAAUCCCAUAAGCUUGAGAAGCCUGAGAAUGGUGGCUGUGAAACCACCAGUGAGAAGUUUAAGCUCUUGUUCCAGGUGUUCCAGGAGUCCUACAAUGUGAAUGAUUGGCUUGUCAAGUCUGAUUCCUGUACCAAUUGUCAGGGUAACCAGCCCAAAGGUGUGGAGAUUGAGAACCUGGGCAAUCUGAAAUGCCUGGAUGACCACUUGGAGGCCAAGAAACCCUUGUCCACUCCCAGCCUGACUGCUGAGGAUUGGCUUGUCCAGAACCAUCAAGACCCAUAUAAAGUAGAGGAGGUCUGCAAAGCCAAUGAGCCCAGUACAAGUUUUGCAGAGUGUGUAUGUGAUGAAAAUUGUGAGAAGGAAGCUCUGUGUAAAUGGCUUCUGAAGAAAGAAGGAAAGGAUAAAAAUGGUAUGCCUGUGGAACCAAAACCUGAACCUGAGAAACAUAAAGAUUCGCUGAACAUGUGGCUCUCUCCAUCCAGAAGAGAGGUAGCAGAACAAGCUAAGGCACCAAAGGCAAUGGCUUCUUCUAGAAUUGCUGAUUCCUUCCAAGUCAUCAGGAACAGUCCCUUGUCAGAGUGGCUCAUGACCCCCUCACACAAAGAAGGAUGUCCCAACAAGGAAGUGCCUCUUAUAGAGGACAGGGGUGGCAAACAAAAGCUUACAAGCCCCUUGGCCACUGCCUGGUGUCCCUUUAACACAGCUGACUGGGUCUUGCUAGGAAAGAAGACAGGAAAUCUUAGCCAGUUAUCCUCAGCAGAGGACAAGUGGCUACUUCGAAAGAAGGCCAAGGAAGUAUUACUUAAUUCGCCCCUACAGGAGGAACACAACUUUCCCCCAGACCGUUACGGCCUCCCAGCAGUUUGUGAUCUCUUUGCCUGUAUGCAGCUUAAAGUUGAUAAAGAGAAGUGGUUGUAUCGAACUCCUCUACAGAUGUGAAGGAAUCAAGUACUAGUCAAGCAAAUUUUCUGCAGAUUAUCACAAAUCCAUGAGCUGAGUGACUGUGGCUUGCGAAAUCAUUGUCUCUGGGUCUGAUGUAGUUCCUUUCCUCCCCAGUUUUGAACUAAUGAAGAGAAAUUAGUCAUCAAAUUAUGAAUUACUGUGUAAAAGAAAAAGGUGAUUUGUUGAUGCUGAGGUGAUUCAGGUUCCUUCUUACAGAAGUAUUAAUUCACCCCUACGCUAGAAAUGCAUCUUAGUGGGUAGGUCUUUCUCAUAAGCCUCCAUGGCUCCUCAGAUUGGGUUGUUAUUAGAAGU